CUGCCUGCAGAGUCCAAGAUGAUUCCAGCUCUAGCGUUUGUUUUCCUCCUCUGCCUCUCUUGUCCUUUCUCAUCCGGUCAGCAAAGAAGAGCAGGAGUUGAAGUUGGGCCAGAAAUGCUGGAAGAGAUGAGAGAAACCAACCGUGUGCUGAUGGAAGUUCGAGACUUGCUGAAGCAGCAGAUCAAGGAGAUAACAUUCCUGAAGAACACAGUCAUGGAGUGUGAUGCCUGUGGCAUGCACACGGAGGCGACGGGCCCGCUCAUCACGGUGACCCAGCUGAAGGGCUGUGUCCCCAACCCCUGCUUCCCCGGGGUGACCUGCACCCAGAGCGGCACCGGCUUCCGCUGCGGCCCCUGCCCCCCGGGCUACUCGGGCAACGGCUCCCACUGCACCGACAUCAACGAGUGCAAUGCCAACCCCUGCUUCCCCAAGGUCCAGUGCAUCAACACCUCCCCCGGGUUCCGCUGCGACCCCUGCCCCCCCGGCUUCACCGGCCAGAGGGUCGAAGGGGUGGGACUGGCUUAUGCCAGGGCCAACAAACAGGUUUGCACCGACAUCAAUGAAUGCGAGACGGGCGCUGCCAGGAACUGUGUCCCCAACUCCAUCUGCAUCAACACGCGGGGAUCCUACAAGUGCGGCGCUUGCAAGCCCGGCUUCACUGGGGACCAGGUGAACGGCUGCAAGAGCCAGGCG